UCAUUCGUCGGGUGAUUUCUUUUAUGAAAAAGUCGCAAAUUUUGCUGAAAUCAAUCGCAUUAUGUGGUUCAUUAUGGUUUAAAAUAUGUCUGCACUAUUCUGUAAACAUGAUACCGAAAAAAUGCUGCGUGUUUCGGGAUAGAUUUUAUCAUGUAUAGGAUCUCGCAAUCCUGACAGCUACAAAACCAAAUAGUGAAAACAAAGCCAUUAAUUUUGUGAAUAGCAUUGCAAUGUUUCCUCAGACGAGUAAGGAUACAUUCUUGGAGCAGACAAAAGCGGCUCGAGAAGAGCGGGCUCUGGAAAAGAAACGUGAACAAUCCGCGGUAAAGAUCCAGGCCCUCGUAAAAGGGUGGCUAGCCCGACAAAGAUUCACAAAGCUUAUUCUCAACGAGUUUGAUCAGCUGCUACCAGAUUCAGGGACCCACACACACGAGGUCCAGGAAGAGCCAAAUGCUUCAUCGGACCUUGUGCCCGCUCUUGAACUAUACAAGAGCACUUGCCAUCUGUUCCUAAUAUUCAAGCAGCAACGGGACAAGAAGAGAUUUGAGAAACUGUGCAAGUACAUUGUACAUAGUCUGCAUUCUGAGUCAGUGAAGCUCUCUUAUGUUGGAGUGUUCUUGAAUAAAGAUUACAGCAUUCGCUGGAUAACACACAUCAAAGAACUGCUCUACAAAUGUUGCCAGUACCUUGAGGAAUUGAAACCAGAAUCACCCAUAGACAUGCAAAGCAUCCUUGUCCACCUCCACACGCUGGUUGCCUUCACAGCGACCAACACCUGGGCUCUAACAAGACUGAAAAACUUUGAGAAGCUCCGCGGGGGCAUGAACCAGCUCUGUGCAAAUGUUAUGGGAUCACUUUUUCAUAAAGGAUAUUAUUUGACUUUGAAGUCACUAUUGCUGCGAGGUCUUUGCCGUGAAAAAGUAUCCCUCAAGACGGUAGCCCUGACAGCUAUCAUCACACUGUCGCUACGGCCGCUGGUGUCCGCUCAGUUCUCGGAGAAACUACUCACUAUGUACAUCAUACAGAUAAUGUCAGUGCCCACGCUUGUGCACCACAUGCAUCAGAUAUCUCCUGAGAGCAUCGCAGCAUUCCGCACUCACUCAAUGUUCGACAAGAGCAUGGAAUUCCUCAGCACGGACCAGAACAUGAGGAUUGUGUUCAACACGCUGGAGGGGAACUACGCACUCUGCCUGUUGGCCAACGUGAUACAGCUGGCUCACUCCGAGAGGGAACAUGCUCUACCACAGACAUAUUAUCCUACUUUUGUGUUGGUAGUGACCCGCUUCCUGGACUCGUGCCAGCAGUACGUGGUCUGCAAGAAGGGCAACCUGAGCAACUGGCAUCCGAUCCUUGGCUGGUUCUCUCAGAGUUUCGACGCUUACCUCCCCCCGGCGAUGGGGAACUUGCGAAAACAGUUGAACUUAUUGUGGGGAGCUCCGAUGUUGAAGAAAAUGCUGGCUCAGCCGCUGAAGGAAAUGCUGGACGCGGGGGUGACGGGAGAGGAGGGGGCGGGGCCCUCGCAGCCCUCCACCCCGGUGCAGAGUAACAACCCCGCUGCGAUCAUCCGGAGGGCUAUUGAAGCUAGAACUAAUAGGGCGAAUCCAAACAAAAACUACAGGAAACUAGGAUCCCCAGACUGCACGAAGGCGGCUCUGAUCUGCUCCAUGUACCACACGGCGCUGCAAACUAUGAAGCAGAUUAAUCUAGAUAUCUUGACUGGUCUGUGCAACCAGGACGAGAUCCUGUAUUAUCUGUGGCAGUUCCUAUGUACCUUGGGCUCGAGUUGCGGGCUGAAGUCUUUCUUGGACCUGCUGGCCGUCAACACCAAGACAUCUGCGCCGGAGUUCCAGAUGCUCAUACUGUUUGCUGACUGCAUGACUCAUUAUGUUACGAUACUAGACGACAUGGAAAUGUAUGAGCAGCAGGAGCCAUUCAAGCUGCAAGACUUCAUCAACAUGUCACUGUUUCUAAACAUGUUUGUUUACAAGUCCAUUAUGGGGCAACUUUUUGAUCUCAAAAGCAUCCAAAGCAAUGAGUUGUUCAACUCACUGCACACCCUACUGCUAGUCCUGUACAGACGAGAUUGCCGUAGGAGCUACACGCCGGCCAACCAUUGGUUGGUGAGGGACAUCCGCACUGCGCAGUUCAUGGCCGACUUGGAGAAGGGGAAGAAACCUCAACAGGUUUUAGUGCAAAAGACUCCACACAUGAUCGCCCAUGGAGAGCGAGUUAGAUUGUUUAGACGAGCCGUUUCUGAUGAGAAGAUGGUGCUAGGUCUGACGGAGCGCGCAUGCGCGGGUCGGUCGACGCUGGUGACGGUGCGGCGCGGGCGGCUGGUGGAGGACGGCUACCGGCAGCUGGCGGCGCUGCCGAGUCGCGCGCUCAAGGGCUGCGUGCGCGUGCGCUUCAUCAACGAGCAGGGGCUGGACGAGGCGGGCAUCGACCAGGACGGGGUGUUCAAAGAAUUCUUAGAAGAAACGAUAAAGCGAGUGUUCGAUCCGUCCCUCAACUUGUUCCGCGUGACGAGCGAGGAGCGACUGUACCCGUCCCCCACCUCCUGCCUGCAAGAAAACCAUCUGCAACUCUUCGAAUUUAUCGGCAGAAUGCUUGGGAAAGCUGUUUAUGAGGGUAUCGUGGUGGACGUGCCAUUUGCUUCGUUCUUCCUCACGCAAGUGCUGGGGCAGACGCAGCAAGCGCUGUACAGCUGGAUAGAUGAGCUGCCUUCGUUGGACCGGGACCUGUACAGGAGUCUCACUUAUAUUAAACAUUUUCAGGGCGAUAUAUCAUCACUAGAACUGACGUUCUCCGUGGACGAAGAGAGGCUGGGUGAAAUUGUAACGCACGAACUCAUACCCGGCGGCAAAGCUGUCCCGGUCACCAACGAAAACAAAAUAAACUACAUACAUUUGAUGGCUCACUUCCGCAUGCACACGCAGAUCAAGGACCAAACCAACGCUUUUAUAAAAGGCUUUAGAACUAUCAUAAAUCCAGAGUGGCUGUCACUGUUUUCCACGCCAGAACUCCAAAGACUAAUAAGCGGCGACAACGUGCCGCUAGACCUGCGAGACUUGAGGCGACACACGCAGUACUACGGGGGCUUCCACGACUCACACCGAGUGGUUUGUUGGUUGUGGGACGUACUCCAGAGGGAUUUCAGCGAACACGAGCGAGCCAUGUUCCUCAAGUUUGUGACGUCGUGCUCCAAGCCACCGGUGUUGGGUUUCGCUCAUCUCAAGCCACCGUUCUCGAUACGGUGUGUGGAAGUCGGCGACGACGAAGACACCGGUGAUACCAUAGGUAGUGUUAUCCGUGGUUUCUUCACGAUACGGAAGAAAGAUCCCCUGAAUAGACUACCGACCUCCUCCACGUGUUUCAACCUCCUCAAGCUCCCCAACUACCAAAAACGAAGCACAUUACGAGACAAACUGCGAUACGCCGUCAACAGCAAUACCGGUUUUGAACUUUCAUAAGGUGGGCAAACGAUAAUUGGUCGAGACUUACAGUCAGAUUUGUCAUAUACGUGACACUAAAAAAGAAGAAAGAAGGCAAGAAGUGAGGCACCUGAUUAGAAAUAAUUAAAUUUUGCUAUUAUUAAUAUUGCUAAAUCAUAAACUAGCCCAGUCUAAUGCAUGUAACUCCUGCCCAGUCCUACUACAAAUAUCUGUCUUUUUUAUUAUUUAAGUUCCUUUCUUAUUUUCAUACUGAAAAUUCUGGAAAUAUAUUUUUUUUCUAUUUUAGUAUACACUAUCAUCAUCAGUAUCAUAGAAAACUACCGCUAUUUUUUAAACAAUCUUUCAUCCACAAUUGGCACUCAGGGGCUAGUUUUUGAAAGAAAUUGUUUGACCUCGAACCUCUAGCUAUAUACGUAGGUAAGAUAUUUCAUCACAGUCGGCCCAGUGGUUUAGACGGGAAAACGUAACAGACAAACAAGUUUUUUCUUUUUUGAAACAAUAAAAAACUGGGUUUUUAAAUAUUCGGUAUCACUCCAUAUGUUAAUAAUGAAGAAUUAUGGAGUUAACGCCAAUGAAUGCGUCUAGGUGCACUGGUAUAGUGAAAGGUUGAUUACCAAAGAAAAAUUGUUGCGCAUGUGCGUGGAACAUAAGCACUACAUCAGCGCCCCAAGCGGCAAAUUCACUCACGUUAGCACUCAUUAUUACCCGUAGUCAGAGAAAGCUAUAGACUUCAUAAUAUCUUUCGUUUCGCUGAUACGAAAAAGAUAAAUGCGUAUUAAAAAUACGCGAAAAGAAACAGCAAUAUAUUUUGUCCCUCUAUUUGUACCUGGUUUUACAAAGUCCAAUUUGCCGCUUUGUAUGAGAUGAGCCGGGAAGUUGUAUUUGUUCUAUCUCAUUUGGCAACACUAGCACGUCGUCUUUAGUUUUCUUAGUCUCUGGUAAUAUGUUUGAACUGUGCCACAUUGCCAUUAGGAGUCUGGCAGAUUAAAGACUGCUGUUGAUUCACGAGUUUCUUACAAGCUCGGACGAAUGCGUAAACGAAUAUUCGUUGUAAUGUAAAUUAUUUUAUAUAUUUAUUGGAUCGGUUAGACCCGUUAUAGCUGUUGGAUUUUUGUAUAAUAUACUAUACCAAGUUGUCUCUAUAUGGUAUUUAUUUAUCACUUAUAUAUCGACAAUGUUGUAUAGUAUUAAACUAAUGUAUAUAGUUUUAGUAAUAUGCGUGGUAUAGAAACUUUUGUAUCGUAUUUUAUAUGAAUAAAAAAAAUGGUAAUGUAUUGGACAUUGAAAAUUGACAAGUUUUGUAAAAAGAUUUUUUGCAAUUAAUUCUACGAAUUCUUAUCACUUGCACCAUCUGUGUGUAUCACAAUUUUGUCCUAUCCUUUGCAAACUUUUUUUACAUUUUAUGCACACUGAUAUCCGUCAUUUAUUGAGCGCAUUUGCUAUAUAUGUUUUGCCUAAAUAUGUCCUAUAAGGCCUAACUGGAUAUGGCAAACAAAGACUAGCAUAAAACUGUAAAAAUAAACCUACUAUUAUUGAUACGAGUUGUGCAUUGCGCUAUUCGCGUAAUACUGUCAUGGUCUUAAUAUUAAAUCUCGCUGUGUAUGUAUUGUAUAUUGUUUUCAAAUGGGCGGUUAAAGGUGAAUCGUUAUCCAUCAUACGACACAGCCUGUGGAGAGUGAUUUAGAUCUAUCUAAUGUCUCCGCUUAUGGAAACGUCACAGCCAUAUUAUAGAAUCCGGAUAGUAACGGAUUUCAGCGGUUUUGCUAUCCGGCUGAACGGAAAGUAGCCGUUUUACAAAGCGGAUCAGUUUUGCAAAUUGUCGCUUUUGUAAAACUGCGGAUUCCACAAUAUGGCAUGCGACAUAGUCACCGUUUGGCCCUCGGGACACAGAAUUAGUUCAUUAUAAUACAUUCAUGUCUACUAGAGGUUACACUAACGCAAUCUGGUGGGAAGAAUAAUCCUACGAAAUAUCCUCUUCAUAAUACGUGUAUGGAUAAUAUUUUCGUUUGCUUUAUUCGGAAGCUGUAUUUUAAAUAAUUUUCAGAAGUUGAAAGAUACUUGUCGGUUGGAACUACACUUCACGUCAGAAUAAUAUAGUGUCGGUAGUGACCGCAUACGUGAUAUCUUGUGAUAACAAAGUGUAGGCCAACCUUAAAUUUAUAAAACGAAUUCUAAAUGAAACCAGUCCAAGUUAUAAAUAAAUGGGUGUAAAUAGACAAUAAAGUCGUUAGUUUAUGGUAUGAAUGUCGAAUUUAUUUAUUUUUACCUAUAUGUACAGUACAAAACUUUCACCUUUUAUUAUUUUCAUAGAUGAUCCUCAUUAAUUUUGUAAUUAUAUUUGUAAAAUUUGUUAGGUCAUGUAUGUUUCCCGUCUUAGUAGUUAUGAUAAUAUUGUUAAUAUACAAACCUGUAUUGGUAUUACAUACGAUGGUAAUCAUUUAUUUCAUAAUGUUCGAUCAUUUGUAUUAUACAUUAUGUUAAUAAUACCAUAAAAUUUAGAAAUAUGUCUGAAAAGUUGUGUUUUUAGUAUAUGCCGUUCGUUGCAUAAUUUGGCGGCUUUUAAAUACAUUUAUCAGUGUUCGAGCGAAGUUCAAUUUUUGAAUGUUUCCCACAGCCGAUUAUUCUGUUCAAUUUCAUUCAUUUUACUGAAUUAAAAAGUGGUCAUUUGUACUGAAAUGCCCCAAAAAUUUGGCUUAUUUUGGGCCGAAACUAAAGGGCCGAAACAAGGCUGGUGAACACUGUGGCCACUAUUGUGGCCUAUUCGGUCGGACACUAAUACUUGUCUAGGUACUAUUCAUACCGACUUGUCGACUUCUACAAAAAGCAUGUUCGUCAGAUUGUCAAGACCGAGACAGAAAAAAAGACAGGCUGUUUCUGUUUAUAGAGCGCUAUCUCUGCCUAGCACUUACACGUCGACUGACAAACAUCACCAUUAGUGUAGGACAGAGAUAAUGCUCUACAAACCUAAUGUCUUUCUAAAUAAUCGCUGUGCAAUAUUUAUUGCUGGAGUAUGUACACUCGCCGUUACAAUAUCUAUAUUUCAUAAUAAUAAUAGUUUCAUAAAUCUCACACACAUUAAACGUUGGAUUUCUUUGUUUUAGUCUAUUGCAAAUAUUUUAUUAAACAAAUCUAUGUUCUGUUAUACUUUCAUUCAUAUGAGUUUUGUGCAAUUUCUGCAACAUUUAGGACCUCUUGAACAAAGAUUAUGAUUUCUGCUGUUUGUAUGUUUCUAUUUGCUAUCGACAUCUUUGGUAUAUUGAUGUGAAUACAUAUAACUAGAUCAUUCUAUGGAAUAUUUUGUACUAGCCACGUAAAUAUGUUGUAUAACACAAUGUGAUUCUCUGUGAUAAAAUAAUUGAUAUUUAUUA